AUGGAGAAUCUCGUCUCAAACCGCUGUAAAGUUCAAUCCUUGUCCGAGAAGUAUAUUUUCCCACCAGAAAUGCGACCAGGGAAGGCAGAUGUUGCUUUGUGUGAGUCCAUCCCAGUAAUAGAUCUUGAAGAAAGAGCAGGUCACAACCGAGCCAUCAUUGCUCAGGAAAUUUUGAAGGCAAGCCAGGAGUUUGGAUUUUUCCAGGUGGUUAACCAUGGAGUUCCUGAAGAUUUGAUGAAUAAUGCAAUGGGUGUCUUCAAGGAAGUCUUUGAGAUGCCUGCAGAGGACCAAGCAAGCAUAUACUCUGAAGACCCAAAUAGAAGCUGCAGGCUUUUCACAAGUAGUUCAAAUCAUUCAAAGGAAGACCCUCACUACUGGCGUGACUGUUUGAGACACCGUUGCCAUCCUGAUCUAGAUCAAAACAUUCAGCAAUGGCCCGAGAAGCCAACCGGAUAUCGACAGGUUGUGGGGACUUAUUCGACUGAAGUAAUGAAAUUAGCCUCAGAUAUACUGGAGCUGAUCUGUGAAGGUUUAGGAUUAGAGUCUGGGUAUUUUGAGGGUAAACUAAGUGAAAGUUCAUUGUUGGCAGUUAAUCGGUACCCGCCAUGCCCAGUUCCAAGUUUAACCCUGGGAUUACCCAAACAUUGUGAUCCUAAUCUCAUAACAAUUUUACUCCAAGAUGAUGUGUGUGGUCUUCAAGUCUUCAAGGACGGUGAAUGGAUUGGUGUUGGGCCUGUUCCUCAUGCAUUUGUGAUUAACAUAUGUUACCAGUUACAGAUUAUCAGUAACAACAUUCUAAAAAGUGCCGAACAUCGAGCUGUCACAAAUUCAAGUUAUGCUAGGACAAGUGCUGCCUUCUUUGUCAGUCCUCGUCCUGACAGCAUCAUUGAACCUGCCAAAGCUCUUAUUAAUGCAGACAAUCAUCCAGUCUAUAGAACCUUCGAGUUCAAAGAGUUUUUCACUAACUACCUGAGUAAAAAAGGCAACUCUGAAGUUGCAUUGGAGCCUUUUAAGUUGCAAGGAUAA